CCGAACCCACUGGCUUAUAUUCCCCAGCUUGGAUUUGCAGCUAGCAAUAAAAUGACCUUAUAUCAGCGAACGAUCAAUGUCAUCAUCUACUACGUUGCAAAUGCUGUAGCGCAUUUAGUUAUUUUGCCCCAGAUGUAUAAUGCGAUGAACACAAGCAAUCUAGGUAUUAAUUCGACUCCUUUGUUUACUGAAAGGCGAUCAUCAUUCCUUAUUGUAAAUACAGACUUUGCUAUUGAUUAUUCUCGCCCGAUUACCCCGACCUCUAAAGUAGUUGGACCUAUACUUCCUAAGCCCGCAAAACCAUUGCCUGAUGAUUUACAGCAGUUCAUGGCGAGCAAUCCUAAAGGAACCGUGCUAGUCUCGUUUGGCUCAGUCGUAACUGCCUUAAAGUAUGUGACCAAUAUCACUAUGUUAUUUGAUACCUUUGGUCAGUUACCAUAUAAUUUCAUUUGGAAAAAUACAGAGGAACUUCCUGAUAACAUCGCUCCCAAUAUUAAAAUUGUGAAAUGGGUACCACAAAACGAUAUUCUUGGCCAUCCAAACACCAAGGCAUUUAUAACACAUUGUGGUAUGAAUAGCCUUCUUGAAGGUGCAUAUCAUGGUGUACCUAUGGUUGGGAUUCCAGUUGCUGGUGAUCAAGUAAUUCACGCAACAAAAAUAUCAUCUAAACACGUAGGUGUAACACUCAAUGUUAAAGAAAUGACACAAAGCGAUCUGUAUUAUGCAAUUAUGAAUGUUACUACCCGACAAGACAUCAUAAAUAGUUCUAUGCAAGUUUCCAAACUAAUUCAAAAUAGACCGAAUGGUAGAACGCCUGUGGAAGAAGCUGCUGAUUGGAUGGAAUAUGCAUUAAAUUGUGAUGGUGGCGAAUAUUUGCGAACUGAGGAGUAUAAUCUGCGAUGGUACGAACUGCAUUUAAUAGACGUUUAUGCAGUUUUAUUAGUGUUACUUGCGAUUAUGGUUAAAAUUUUGCAGUUGAUUUGGAGAGGCGUAAAAGCCCUCUGCUGCGCCAAAGCUCCUAAAGAGAAAAUUUCAUAA